UUCCCAGCCCUUGGUGUUUUGCUCUGUGAGACAGCCUUUGUUAUGUAGCUGAAGCUGGUCUGGAGCUUGCUAUGUAACUCAAGGUGGCCUUGGACUGGAGACCUCCUUGCCUCACUGAGCCUUCUGAGUGGUGGGAUUAAAUCAUAGUUAUUUCUGUAUGUGCCAAUUCUGUUAUCUCUUGUUUGAUUCCACUUUUGGCCUAUUCAGGAAGGGCCUGGUACUGCAGCUGAUCCAGUCAUACCAGCGGAUGCCAGGCAAUGCCAUGGUGAGGGGCUUUCGAGUGUCCUAUAAGCGGCAUGUGCUGACUAUGGAUGACUUGGGGACCUUGUAUGGACAGAACUGGCUCAAUGACCAGGUGAUGAACAUGUAUGGAGACCUGGUCAUGGACACGGUCCCUGAAAAGGUACAUUUCUUCAACAGUUUCUUCUAUGAUAAACUGCGUACCAAGGGUUAUGAUGGGGUGAAGAGGUGGACCAAAAAUGUGAGUUAUGAAUUCACUUGUGUAAUAUCUUAUCUCUUAAGAAUUAAAGAAUUUG